UACUCUUGUUUAAUCUUCUCUCCCUUAAGAUUACUUGAUAUCAGAAAAAACUAUCAUGAGUGCUUAUUUUCUGAAAUCAUUUUAUAUUCUUCUGCUGCUUUCUUUGCUUGGCUCAGGAAUUAGUAUGACAUUGAAGAACUCAAGUGAGAGUGGUGAAGCAAAGUGCAUAGAGAGUGAGAGGGAAGCACUCCUCAGCUUCAAAGAAAGCCUCAUAGAUGAGUUUGGCAUGCUCUCCACUUGGACCAAUAAUACAGAUUGCUGCAAAUGGAAGCACAUUCUCUGCAACCAUCAAACUGGUCAUAUACAACUAUUAGAUCUUCAUGGAAGCCAUACACCGCGUUAUUAUUUGGGAGGUGCAAUCAAUGUGACUUCAUUGAUUCACUUGUCAUAUAUUCAACAUCUGGAUCUCAGCCAUAAUUAUUUUGUAAUGAGUUACAUUCCAGAGUUAAUGGACUCCUUUAACAACUUAAUAUAUCUCGAUCUCUCCCAAUCUUAUUUUGCGGGGAGGAUUCCUUCAACACUUGGAAAUCUCUUACAACUACGCUAUCUAGAUCUUGGGGAUAAUUUUCUUUGGGGAGAAAUUCCCAUUCAAAUUGGGAAUCUCAAACACUUGAAUUAUCUCGAUCUUGGACUAUUUUAUCUUUCUGGAAAAAUCCCAUGUCAAAUUGGGAAUCUACAAAAGCUAAAAUAUCUCAGUCUUGGAAGUGACACUACUCUGUACACAAGGAAAACGCCAAACUAUAUUUCAAAUUCCCUUUCUGGAGCGAUCCCUUUUCGUAUAGGGAAUCUUUCGUUGUUGCGCACUCUCCGGCUAGUUGGCAAUUUUGACAUAAAAGCUAAGGAUGCACAGUGGCUGUCUACUCUCCAUUCUUUGACCAUUCUUGAGCUGAGUUCAUUGCAUAGUCUUAAAUCCUCUCACCAGUGGUUACAAACUAUCGGUAAAAUCAUUCCAAACUUAACAGAGUUGAAGCUAGUUGAUUGUAAUAUUCUGGAUAGUGAUAUUCAAUCUUUGUUCCAUUCUCACUCUUCAAAUAAUUCCACCUCUCUUACCAAACUAGAUCUGUCUUCUAAUAUGUUGUCAUCAUCAAUACUUCCAUUCUUGUUUAACUUUAGCCUUCAUCUUCAAGAGCUUUAUAUUUCUCACAAUAAUAUAACUUUGUCACCUUCUCUGUGUCCCAAGUUUCCAUCUCUUAAGGUCCUCGAUCUCUCUUACAAUAAUCCUGCACAAUCAAUGUUUCGAGCUAAUUUUAAUAUCAGCUCCAAACUACAAGAGCUUUAUCUUAAAAAUUGCAGUCUUAUGGAUGGAAAUUUCCUUCUUUCAUCUACUUCUACAAUGAAUUCUUUGUCCUCACUUCUCUUCCUUGAUCUCUCCAAUAACUUGCUAAAAUCAUCUCCAAUGUUUUACUGGCUUUUUAACUUCACCACCCAUCUGCUUUCCAUUGACCUUAAUGGUAAUUUGUUAGAAGGUCCCAUUCCAGAUGAAUUUGGGAAAGCGAUGAACUCUCUUGAAUAUCUUUUUCUCUACAAUAACAAACUCCAAGGCAAGGUUCCAUCUUUCUUUGGGAGCAUGUGCAGAUUACAAAUAUUAGACCUCUCAAAUAACAACUUAAAUGGUGAAUUUCCGAGCUUUACUCAAAAUUCCUCAUGGUGCAGCAGACACAUAUUUCGGGAAUUGAACUUAUCUUAUAACCAAAUUACUGGUAGGAUACCCGAGAGCAUCAGACUGCUAUCUCAGUUGGAAAUUUUAUCGUUGCGGUGGAAUUCUUUAGAGGGACCAGGUUUUCCUCGCUGGAUCCAAACUCAAAAUUCCUUAAUCCAACUAGAUAUGUCUGAUAAUGGGCUGAAUGAUUUCGUACCAGAAUGGUUUUGGAACAAGUUGCAAAUUAUGUACACUUUGAACAUGUCUCACAGUAAUCUCACUGGUUCAAUCCCUAAUAUGCAAUUGAAGCUUCCUUUCAGACCAUCUAUACUUUUAUGUUCAAAUAAAUUUCAGGGAAAAGUUCCAUUAUUUUUGUUACAAGCUUCCGAGUUGUUCCUCUCUGGAAAUAAAUUUUCAGAUUUCUCAUGUGGAAACGUCACAGCUGCAAACUUGGCAACUUUAGAUUUAUCAGAUAAUCAAAUAAAGGGGCAACUUCCAGAUUGUUGGAAAUCAAUAAAUCGAUUAUUGUUUCUUGAUUUAAGUAGAAAUUGUUGACAAACAAGUCUCUCUAGAUAAACAC